GCCCCGCCGCGGACUCGGGGCAGCCCAGCCACGCCAUCUGUCAGGACUGUACCCAGGGCAGCUCCUUCUCCCAGGAGGAAGCUUUGAAGACGGCUUUUCAAAAUCACCGCCGCGCUUCCUCCACUCCUUCCUUAAAGGCUCACGGCCGGGAGGGCGCGGCGUCAGCUUCUUCCCACCACCCCAGACCACUGACCCCGGGGAAACUUGUAAAAAUUCGGGGCAGGAGCGCAGCCCAAGGACGCGCAGCUCAGCGGCGGGACCCCUAGGUGCGCGCCCCUGGAAGGAGCCCGGGCAGGCUCCCGCAGCAGCCUGCAGCGCCGGGGACCCGUGCGCCGUGCGACCCUGGGCGGGGACAGCCCCGGGGGCUGAAGGUGCCCGGCAGCGCUCCGGAUCGCCGUUCCUCCCUGCGUCCCUCCCGCCCGGGGCCUCGCUCACCCCGCCGCUUCUCCCUCUCCCGCAGCCGUGUCGGGACCAUGUCUGCGGAGACCGCGAGCGGCCCCACUGAGGACCAGGUGGAGAUCCUGGAGUACAACUUCAACAAGGUCAACAAGCACCCGGACCCCACCACGCUGUGCCUGAUCGCGGCCGAGGCCGGCCUUUCCGAGGAGGAGACCCAGAAAUGGUUCAAGCAGCGCCUGGCCCAGUGGCGGCUGUCAGAAGGCCUACCCUCAGAGUGCAGAUCCGUCACAGACUGAGGAGAUGGUGGUCAUUGGCGGCUUCCCUCCAUGAAGACCAUCUGCUGUUUCUCUCCUCAACUUAAUCAAGCUCUUUUGGUUUUUCAGUGUAGUGUCAUAUGCUCUUCUGUUAGCUGUCCUCCUAUUUAACACAACGUUGUUUUUUUUUUUUAAUGUAUAUAACUAGAAAAGAAAAUAACAAUAGGAAGCUAUGGGCAGCUUCUGUGUAAAGCAGUGGCUUGGCUGGAAGUGGUGUGGCUUGCAUUUCCUUUGGGUCAUGAUGACAGAUGGUGUGAAAACCAUCUAAGUUUUCUUUUUGACCAUCACCUACCAGUAACAAUUUACUUUCACCAUCCAUUUCAGAGAAGACAAGGCCUCUGUUGAAAAGGUAACAUGACCAAGAGGGAGAAACAUUUCCUUCUAAUUCUACUUUCCUAAGUCAUUUUCCUUGUGUUUCAUUUAAUACACUGAGAUUGAGUGAGAAUACAGAGUGAAUUUGAGUUAUUCAGAUUCCAUAAAGCAGUUCCUUGGAUUAUAGCUGAAUUAACUUGGAAAGCACUCAGGCUGGAAGACAGAAACUUCCACUGGCAGAAAAUCAAGUAACUAAGGAAAAAAAUCCACAGAAGUCUUGAAUUUACCUUAUUUAAAUGCAUUUGUUAAAUUCAUUUUGCUAAACAAAAUGAACAGUGUUUUGUCUCUAAAAUGAUUUUCUAAAUAAAACCUUAACAUUUUGUUGAAAAUG